AUGCCCGACGCGCCAAUGUCCACCAAGCAGACGGCCGCGCGGUUCGCCAACGCGCUCCGGUCCUUCUCCGCGUCCGGGGACGCCUUCCGCGUGCUGUCCACGGUGCCCCCUCGCACGGAAACACCGCCGCCGCCGCCGGACAGCCUCAUCGUCCUCGACUCGAGCUUCAACCCGCCUACCCGGGCGCACGCGGCCAUGGCCUCGUCGGCGGUGCGGCAGGCCGGCCCCCGCGCGCGGCUGGUGCUCCUGCUGGCGGUGACCAACGCCGACAAGGCGCUCGGCCCGGCGCCGCUCGAGGUGCGCCUCGGCAUGAUGGAGGCGCUGGCGCGGGAGCUGGCGGCGCCGCCGGUGCAGGUGGACGUGGCGGUGACGACGAGGCCGUACUUCCACGACAAGGCGGCGGCGAUGGAGGGCGCGGGGGGGUACGGGCGCGCGGAGCAGGUGUUUCUGUGCGGGUUCGACACGGUGGUGCGCAUCUUUGAGCCGCGGUACUAUCGGGGCAGUGGGGGGAUGGGGAGCGCGCUGGGGCCGUUUUUCCGGCGGGCGAGGCUGCGCGUGACGAUGAGGCCGGACGAUGCGUGGGGGACGGCGGGGGAGCAGGCGGCGUAUGUGGCUGGUCUGGAGGGGACGCUGGGCAGGAGCGGUGGUGAUGCGGCGUGGGUGAGGAGGAUUGAGUUGGUGACGGGGUGA